CAUUUAAUCACUAAAGCAUGAUGGCCAUGACACAGCAUUAGUAGGCGAGCUAAUACAAGUAGCCAAUAAAUAUUUCGGUUUUAUAAAGUAAAAUAAAGGUAUUUUGGUUGAGACAUGUGAGGUAUUAGUUUAACAAUACGUUGACAUUAAUUUUGGGUUUUAAAUUGCUAAACACAACCAAACUACAUGUCAGUGCACAAUUCUGAAUAUAAUACAUUCCAAUACAAAGUCUUUUCAUUUACAGAUCCAAACUCUUCUUUAUUCUCCUCUGCUGGUCUGCUUGACAUGAGGCCUCCCUGAAGGAGUGACUGACACGUUUAACAGUCAAGAGGGUGGACUCUAAAGCAGAGGACGUCGGGUUCCUUUUAGUAAAAAGUCAGGUCGAGGAAGCUGUCUGAACACCGUGGAAGAAGACAAGGUGACCAUUGCGGGGCGUGAUGGCUGAGAAGAGGCUUUCCUCCACUCUUCUGCUUCUCCUUGUCCUGGGUGGAGUUCUACCGAUGGCACAAGGCUCUACUUACCUGUCCGGGUAUCGCACGAGGGCUCGCCUGCAGAGGGAUCGGCAAAUGCGCAACAUUCGACCAAACAUCAUCCUCAUUCUGACCGAUGAUCAGGAUAUAGAGCUGGGCUCGAUGCAGGCCAUGAACAAAACGCGGCGCAUCAUGGAGAAAGGCGGCACACAUUUCUCCAACGCUUUUUCCACCACGCCAAUGUGCUGCCCGUCCCGCUCCUCCAUCCUGACGGGGAAGUACGUGCACAACCACCACACCUACACCAACAACGAGAACUGCUCCUCGCCCUCCUGGCAGGCCCACCACGAGCCACACACCUUUGCCGUGCACCUCAACAACUCUGGCUACAGAACUGCCUUUUUCGGAAAGUAUCUCAACGAAUACAACGGCUCCUAUGUUCCCCCUGGCUGGAGGGAGUGGGUGGCCCUGGUGAAGAACUCGCGCUUCUACAACUACACUCUCUGUCGGAAUGGAGUACGAGAGAAACACAGCAGUGACUAUUCCAAGGACUACCUGACAGACGUCAUUACCAACGACAGUAUCAACUACUUUCGGGCGUCCAAAAGGAUGUAUCCCAACCGUCCUGUCAUGAUGGUUCUGAGCCACGUUGCACCGCACGGUCCGGAGGACUCCGCCCCACAGUACAGCACCGCUUUCCCCAACGCUUCACAGCAUAUAACUCCAAGCUACAACUAUGCUCCGAACCCCGACAAACACUGGAUCCUGCGCUACACGGGGCCCAUGAAGCCUGUCCACAUGCAGUUCACCAACAUGCUGCAGCGCCGCAGGAUGCAGACCCUGCUGUCUGUGGAUGACAGCAUGGAGAAGGUGCACAACAUGUUGGUGGAGACAGGCGAAGUGGAUAACACCUACAUCAUCUACACCUCAGACCACGGCUACCACAUUGGACAGUUUGGGCUGGUAAAAGGGAAAUCCAUGCCUUACGAGUUUGAUAUCCGUGUUCCCUUUUAUGUCAGAGGACCAAAUGUGGAGCAAGGUGCCAUUAACCCGCAUAUGGUGUUGAACGUUGAUUUGGCGCCAACGCUGCUGGACAUGGCUGGUGUGGAUAUUCCUGCAGAAAUGGAUGGCAAGUCGAUCCUUAAGCUGAUGGACACGGACAAACCAGUCAACAGGUUUCAUUUGAACAGGAAAAGUAAAACGUGGAGAGAUUCCUUCCUUGUGGAGCGAGGAAAGCCUCCACACAAGAGAUCUGAUGGGAAGGAAAUGGCCCAGGAGGAGAACUUCCUGCCCAAAUACCAGCGAGUGAGGGAGCUGUGCCAGAAGGCAGAGUACCAGACUUCCUGUCAGCAGCCAGGACAGAAGUGGCAGUGUGUGGAGGACCCGACUGGCAAGCUGAGACUGUAUAAGUGCAAGGGCAUGGCGAGUCUCUACGCCCCACGAAUGCAAGCUCUGAUGGCCAGCAGUGCCUCCCAGCUGCCUGCUUCAUCCACUGAUGACAGCUGCAACUGUGGCAACGUGGGUGUUAAAACAUCAGCCCUGAAGCGUAAGAAACUGCUCACUAAGAAAAAGAUGAAAUCUAGCAAGUCGGCAUCCAGGAAGCGUUGGGCCCGCUCUGUAUCAUUUGAGCUUGACGGAGACCUGUACGCUGUGGACCUGGAGAAGUCCUACUACCAUCCUACCAACUUUCACAACAACAGCUGGGCCCGAGACAGAAGUCGAGGAGCGCUGCACGGAGAAGAUGAUGAAGAGUUCAGUGGCAUGGGAGUCACAGCCAGGCCCACCGCCAACGUACUUACCCCACCUGCUUCUCUGAAGGUCACUUACAGAUGCUCCAUUCUCUUGAACGACACAGUAAAAUGCGACGGGGGCCUUUAUAAGUCCCUGCAGGCAUGGAAAGACCACAAGCUGCAUAUUGAGCACGAGAUUGAAACCUUGCAGACCAAAAUAAAGAACCUGCGUGAUGUCAAAGGUCACCUGAAAAAGGUGCGGCCAGAGGAGUGUCAGUGUAGCACACCCAGUUAUCUGCUGGAGAGUAAAGAAAACUUUAUGUUGAGCACUGGGCGCGUGCAUUCCCUCAGAAUGCCGUCAAAGCAGAAGGCCCAGUGGAUGCAGAAGGAGCAGAAGCGCAGAAAGAAACUUCGUAAAUUCCUAAAAAGGCUCCAGAACAACGACACCUGCAGCAUGCCGGGCCUCACCUGCUUUACUCAUGACAAUCAUCACUGGCAGACCGCCCCCUUCUGGACAAUGGGCCCAUUCUGCGCAUGCACCAGCGCCAACAACAACACGUACUGGUGCCUGCGGACCAUCAAUGACACACACAACUUCCUCUUCUGUGAAUUUGCUACUGGUUUCCUGGAGUAUUUCGACCUCAACACUGACCCCUACCAGCUGAUGAACGCUGUCAGCAGCCUGGACCGCGACGCUUUGAAUUCCCUGCAUCAACAGCUCAUGGAGUUGCGUGGGUGCAAGGGACAUAAGCAGUGCAACCCUGAAAAGGGAGGCAAAGAACGAAACUACUUUAGUGAAUACAGGCCAGUUCAUCGUCGAAAGAGGCCAAAAGUGAAGAAACCGUCCUCCAAAUCGCUGGGCCAGAUUUGGGAAGGAUGGGUGGGUUAAAGUCUCCCACGACCGAACACACGACACACGCCGAUGGACCGGAUCCUGUACUUGGUUAGUCUGGGUUCGGGUUUUAUGACGACGAUACCGAUUGGAGGCGUAAAGAAACUGCGAGGGGAGCCUCCGUUCAUCCUGGCACUUUUCAUUCCCCCCCCUGUAAGCUCCCAUCAACUAUAAGAACGUCCACAUGUCAAAUGUCGGGACACUGUGAUACGCAAGCUCCCGGGCCUCACUGCUUUGUAGAUACUAAGACUUAGCUUUAAUCACCCAUGAGAUACUGGACACGAGCGGACCGAGCUGCUGCUACCCAUUCAUGUAGUUUUGUGGCACACGCCUAACCCCUAGCAAUACCACCCACCCCAUAUUUUUUUUAUUGUCCGUGCAAAUAAUUCUGUACGAAUGUGGACUUUGAAUUGUACAACUGACCUUUCGCCAUGAUUUUUUUGUAUCAUAGUUGAACUUUACUCUCAUGAAUGUCCUCAUCGAGGCGGGUUUGAUCGCACCCUGAACAGGUACAACCCAACCGUCAAAAAUACAUACAUUGCCAAAAGUAUUUUCAAAAGUAUGCCUUGACUCACAUAUGAACUUGAAAGGCCAUCCCAUUCCUAACCCAUGGGGUUCAAGAUGGUGUCGGUCUACCUUUUGCAGCUAUUACAGCUUCGACUCUUCUGGGAAGGCUGUCCACAAGGUUGCGGAGUGUGUUUAUAGGACUUUCCAAAAGCGCAUUGCGGAGGUCACACACUGACCUGGAUCUCAGUCUCCGUUCUAAUUCAUCCCAAAGGUGUUCUAUCCGGAUCAGGUCAGGACUCUGUGCAGGCCAGUCAAGUUCAUCCACACCAGUUAAGUUAAAGUACCAAUGAUUUUCACACAUACUAGAUGUGCCAAAAUUAUUCUCUGUAUUUGACCCAUCACCCUUGAUCACCCCCUGGGAGGUGAGGGGAGCAGUGGGCAGCAGCGGUCUCCCGUCCAAAGGCAAAACCCAGUAACUCAAUUUUGGUCAAAACUGAGCUGAUAAUAAUUUUGGAGUUACUAGGUGAUAUGCUUUACAUUAGUGUAUGCGAUAUUGUAAUUUGUCCCGUAAGUAAGCUGUUACACGUAUGGCAGGACCUAGCAACUACCACAUAACCGUGUAUAUACAACAGAAAAACCUAGUAUCUCAAGGGUAUCUCUAGAAGUGAGUUACUAGGUUCUGCUUUUGGACGGGAGCGGUGCCGCGCCCGGGAAUCAUUUAUGGUGAUUUAACCUCCAAUUCCAACCCUUGAUGCUGAGUGCCAAGAAGGGAGGUAACGGGUCCUAUUUUUAUAGUCUUUGGUAUGACUCGGCCGGGAUUCGAACUCACGACCUACCGAUCUCAGGGCGGACACUGUAACCCAGUGGUUCUUAACCUAGGUUCGAUUGAACCCUAGGGGUUGGGUGAGUCAGCCUCAGGGGUUCGACGGAGCCUCUGCCCUCGGAGGUCAAGACACACCCGACUCAUCGUGUAUAUAAAAACCUCCCAAUAUCGGCUUUAUGGAUACGGCAACAGCAGAAGUCAGACUGAUUUGCAGGUGUGUAAUUUGUUGUGAGUUCAUGCACUGUGUUGGUUUUGUUCUUUGAACAAGGUGAUGUUGAUGCACGGUUCAUUUUGUGCACUGAUUGACUGAUUGGUUGAAACUUGUAUUAGUAGAUUGCACAGUUCAGUACAUAUUCCGUACAAUUGACCAUUAAAUAGUAACACCCCAAUACAUUUUUCAACGUCUGGCACCAGUAAAAAAACAUAACUUUGUCUUGAAUUUGAAAAAAAGGAAACAUUUUAUUUUGCACAAAAGAUGGGUUCGGUGAAUGCGCAUAUGGAACUGGUGGGGUUCGGUAUCUCCAACAAGGUUAAGAACCACUGCUCUAACCACUAGGCCACUGAGUAGGUUCUCUGUCAUCCAUGUCUUUAAGGACCUUGCUUCGUGCACUGGUGCACGAUCAUGAUGGAAGAGGAAGGGGCCCGCUCCAAACUGUUCCCAAAAGGUUGGGAGCAUGGAAUUGUCCAAAAUGUUUUGGUAUUCUGGAGCAUUCAAAGUUAUUUUCACUAGAACUAAGGGGCCAAGCCCAACUCCUGAAAAACAACCCCACACCAUAAUUCUUCCUCGACCAAAUGCAGUCCGAAAUGUACCUUUUACCUGGCAACCUCCAAACCCAGACUGGUCCAUCAGAUUUCCAGACGGAAAAGCGUGAUUCAUCACUCCACUGCUUUAGAGCAUGGGUGUCAAACUCUGGCCCGUGGGCCAAAUUUGGCCCGCCGUGUAAUUUCAUCUGGCCAUUGAGGCAAUAUCAAAUUAACGUUAGAGCUGGCCCGCCGCUGUAACACCGCAUUCACCACUAAUACUCAUACUCCCGAUUUUCCCGGGAGACUCCUGAAUUUCUCCCGAUUUCCACCUGGAUAAUAAUAUUGGGGGCGGGCCGUAAAAGCACUGCCUUUGGCGUUCUCUACAUGUCGCCACAUCCGCUUUUCCUCCAUACAAACAGCGUGCCAGCCCACACAUAAUAUAUGCGGCUCCUACACACACACAAGUUUAUGCAAGGCAUACUUGGUCAACAGCCAUACAGGUCACACUGAGGGUGGCCGUAUAAACAACUUUAACACUGUUACAAAUAUACGCCACACAGUGAACCCACAGCAAACAAGAAUGACAAACACAUUUUGGGAUAACAUCCGCACUGUAACACAACAUAAACACAACCGAACUAAUACCCAGAAUCCCUUGCAUCACUAACUCUUCCAGGAUGCUACAAUAUACACCCCCGCUACCACCAAACCCCGCCCCAACUCAAACCCACUGCCGAAAAGAGGCAUUAAAUUUGUAUUUUUAUUUUAUUUGAUAUGCCAUUGAUAUUUUUUAAUUAUUUUAAACUGGAUUUUGCAUGUCACUAUAAAGUUAUAUAAGCCUUGCUUGGUCAAUAUUCAAUGUGUUUAGAUCCCUAUUAAAGGAUUAAUUUGUUCAACCUCGGCCCGCGGCUUCAUUCAGUUUUAAAUUUUGGCCCACUCUGUAUUUGAGUUUGACACCCCUGCUCUAGAGUCCAGUGGCGACAUGCUUUACACCACUGCAUCCGACGCUUUACCUUGGACUUGGAGAUGUAUGUCUUAGAUGCAGCUGCUCGGCCAUGGAAACCCAUUGCACGAAGCUCUCUGCGUAUUGUAUGUGGGCUAAUUGGAAGGUCACAUGAAAUUUGGAGCUCUGUAGCAACUGACUGUGCAGAAAGUCGGCGACCUCUUUGCGUGGCCGAGUUGCUGUUGUUCCCAAACUCUUCUAUUUUCUUAUAAUAAAACCGACAGUUGACUUUGGAAUAUUUAGGAGCGAGGAAAUUUCACGACUGGAUUUGUUACACAGGUGGCAUCCUAUGACAGUUCCACGCUGGAAAUCACUGAAAUCCUGAGAGCGGCCCAUUCUUUCACAAAUGUUUGUAGAAACAGCCUCCAUGCCUAAGUGCUUGAUUUUGUACACCUGUGGCCGGGCCAAGUGAUUAGGACACCAGAUUCUGAUCAUUUGGAUGAGUGGCCAAAUACUUUUGGCAAUGUAGUGUAUUUGUGUCAUAGUUAAAGGCCUACUGAAAUGAGAUUUUCUUAUCCAAACGGGGAUAGCAGGUCCAUUCUAUGUGUCAUACUUGAUCAUUUUGCGAUAUUGCCAUAUUUUUGCUGAAAGGAUUUAGUAGAGAACAUCCACGAUAAAGUUCGCAAUUUUUGGUCACUAAUAAAAAAGCCUUGCCUUUACCGGAAGUCGCAGACGAUGUGCACUUGACGUCACGGGUUGUAGAGCUCCUCACAUCCUCACAUUGUUUACAAUCAUAGCCACCAGCAGCUAGAGCGAUUCGGACCGAGAAAGCGACAAUUUCCCCAUUAAUUUGAGCGAGGAUAAAAGAAUUGUGGAUGUAGACUAGGAAGAAUAAAAAGGCGAGGGCAGUGAGAGCGAUUAAAAUGUUAUUAGACACAUUUACCAGGAUAAUUCUGGAAAAUCCCUUAUCUGCUUAUUGUGCUACUAGUGUUUUAGUGAGAUUAUAUGGUACCUGAAAGUCGGAGGGGUGUGGUGACCGCCAGUGUCUCCGGUGGAAGGAGGUAAUAGUCCGCAGCUGCAGGAGGACGCAAGCUCCGCUCAUAAUUACAGUAAGAGCCGACUUAUUACCACAAUUUUUCUCACCGAAACCUGCCGGUUGACAUGUGGUCGGGAUCAAUGUUUGCUUGACUGCUCUGUUCCGGAGUAAAGCUUCACCUUCGGGAAUUUUAAACAAGGAAACACCGGCUGUGUUUGUGUGGCUAAAGGCUAAAAGCUUCCCACCUCCAUCUUUCUACUUUGACUUCUCCAUUAUUAAUUGAACUAAUUGCAAAAGAUUCAGCAACACAGAUGUCCAGAAUACUGUGUAAUUAUGCGAUUAAAGCAGACUACUUAUAGCUUGGAUCGGGCUGGAAAAAAUAGUCCGCUACAACCGGUGACGUCAUCAUACCGCGACUUUCAACAAGACAUUUUGCGGGAAAUUUAACAUUGCAAUUUAGUAAACUAAAAAGGUCGUUUUGGCAUUUGUUGCAAUGUUAAUAUUUCAUCAUUGAUAUAUAAACUAUCAGAUUGCGUGGUCGGUAGUAGUGGGUUUUAGUAGGCCUUUAACUCCAUUCCCCACCUCUGUAUUGUCAGUACCGCACAGUCUCCAUCCAGCUUGCUAUAUAAUAUAUACCAUGGUGCUACGGGAUAAUGAUACAGAAACUACGUGUGCUGUACAGUACAGUUUGUAAUUGAAUGUAUGUUGUGCAAUUAAUAUAAAUGUUUACAAUAUUUUUAUAACAGCGAAGAGGCGGACCUCACUGUGUGAGUUGAAACACGGACUUGAAGAUAGAGGAAUGUAGAACGAGGAAAUUCUGACGCCGGCAAUUUGUCUUUUGCUUCUUUACAUGGGAAAAGCACUUCAAAGGAUUCACUGUGAAGACAUCCAUCUAUAGAAUUUACGAGGAACACAACAAUGUUAUGUACCUGAUGAUGUGAUUUUAAGCGAUCUACCCUUUUUUCCCCACUUUUUUCCCCCCCUCUAGCAGUUUGCCUGAGUGCUGGUAGUCAUUGUGAAUAAAGUCUUGUUUGACCACCAAA